GAGGUUUGUGCCGUAGGCUAUAGGCCCAAUACAUUGUCACUGCAUAUUGGCAAUGCUUGAAUUGCCCUGCUAAUGUUGUUCUUCUCAGACCAUUUUGAAAUCAUAUUUAAACAUGUUAGGUGUAUGAUCCCACUGGUAAUUGAUCAUUUGUUGUAUUACUUGUGUGGCACAGCUGAGUGAGCAUAAUAAACAUUUUUUUUUUUUUACUGGACUGAUGGCCUGCAUCUGAUGGUCAGUCUGAGGGGAGAGAAGGAGCAGCGGUGAGGCUGCCUCUCACCGUCCCUCCACUGAGGAAAGGGGACAGUUUUCCAGCCGAUGUCGAAAAGUAUUUCUGCCUCAUGCACAAAUUCAUGUUGUUGCCCCUAUGACCAGAGAAAGUUAAAUAGUCCUUCAUGUUAGAAAAGACAAGUCGCUAAUCAUAACAAACGCAAGCUUAUCGGGAACACUUUGCCAUCUAUACUUCUUCAUUGCAGCUGCAGUGCUGGUUGUAGCGUGAGUGGAAGUAGGGAGAACGUGCAUUUUAUGGCUUACCAUGUUGACAGUGCUGAAUAACAACUUAAACAUGAACUUACACAUAAAAACAUUGGCUAUUUGAUGUAUUCGUUGAGUCUCUCUGUAGUCAGGGUUUUAAAAUCUCACAGUAUACAUUUUGCUGUGCAUUCCAUGCUUAUUUUUAGUCUUUGGCUCGAGGAAACUGUGCAGAUAGGUGAGCUGAGCUAAAGUGUUGUCCUAUAGGUGCACUUGAUUUGCUCUCUGGGCCUGCAGGGUAGGCGGAGUUCAGACACAUGAAAUGGUUCAAAAUGGGAACAUUUUGCCUUCCUUUUGCUGGGACUGCUGAAUAAAGUGCACCUACCGCCAACUGUACGAAAUAAAUACAAUUAAAUAAGGAACGCUAGGCUUCAUCACAAAGUUUCUAAACCCAGAGACGCGACAUCGUGACACUUCCGGGAAAGCUUGCGAAGCAGACCAGGCCUGGGUUUGAGAAGUCAAUGAGCGAAGUGAAAAAUUCUACUUUAGCUGUUAAUUUUCUAGAUUCGAGACAAUGUCUUAAGUAGUUGAACAUGUUAUUACUCCAACCUCGUCCCAGUUUGUUACUUUGACGUUUUAAUUUUCGUUAAAAAAUACUUUAUAUCAAAUGAUAUAAAUGAUUUGACAGCUUGCACAUCUUGCGCUGUUCGACGCGAGACGACCGACCCGAUGGCGUGUUUCUGCGCUUUAUCGUUGUUUUCUUUUACCUAAAUGCUUGGUGAUCGACUAGGAAUGCCUUGGAGAUGGACCGGUCGAUGGUGACCAUUGCUCUAAAACAAACGGUGAAACAAGUCAUAUGGAAUGCUCUUUAUUGGUCAGAACCAGGGGCGCAACUUUCACUGGGGCGGACAUGUCAUUCUGAAAUUGUAUUUUCAGUUUUACUAUUGGAAUGUGAUACAAAACCAGGCGACGGUGUGCUUUAGGACCAUGCUGACGACCCCGAGCGGUCGGGUAGGCUGUUUGGAGUGUUUAUCCGACUGGUCAGAUCUGACAAGACUGAAACAACAACAAAUGUGGCUUAAAAACGGCAUGACAUGUUUGACUAAUACCAAAAUAUAUGAAAAUGAAUCAUCCUGGAAAACACUAUGAAGUAAAGUAAAUAUACAGACAUAAUGAAAACUAGUCAGUUACACACCUUAAGAAAAUGGCAAUGUAUUCCUCAGACCUGUUUGUAAAUGAACCAUUUCAAAAUAUCUGGACAGAAACCACAGCAUAUUGUACAAUGAUGAGGUCAAUGAAACGUGAUUAAGGGACAUGAAAAGAUGGAAGUUCAAUGGAACAACAUUGUGAUAGGUGGGUAAUUUAACUAGCAGGGGGAGACAAAGUCCUGCCUUGUAUGUUAACUGAAAUCUAGCCAGUGUAAGACACAAUAUUUUUUAUUUUGUUUCACCUUUAUUUAACUAGGCAAGUCAGUUAAGAACAAAUUCUUAUUUACAAUGAUGGCCUACCACAAGGCAAAAAGUCUCCUGCGAUUAAAAAUUAAAUAAAAAUAUAGGACAAAACACAUAUGACAAGAGAGACGCCGGAACACCACAUAAAGAGAGACCUAAGACGACAACAUAGCAUGGCAGCACAAUAGUCGGGAUCCAAACUGAAUUCAAUACAUUUAAGAUAUUGCCUAGACAAGCUCACAGAAUUCCUCUGUAUACGGCAUACCAGUAACCCUCUCACACGUGCACAUGGGACCCUGGUGAGACUCAUUAGGUUUCGUUGGUGGUAAGACUGCUGUUGAAACUGAUAGACCUCUCCACAUGGGCAUCCCUACUGCUGUUCUCCAUACUGUCUGGCAACGGCUGGGUCACCUCCUGAGAACAUGUUACUCUGGCGAAUGGUGCUUGUUUAAUAAAGUUAGGUCAAAGCCGAAUCAAUGGCUGCAAGAUCACAUAAUGAUAGUAUUCUACAUAACAUACCCAAAUAUAGUAAUAGCAUAGUAUAACAUUACUGGAAGACAAAAAAACACCACCAAAUUCCUUAGGAGGUUUUAGGAUGAUUGCGCACGUGGUUACAUGCUUCUCUCAUGUUGCCAAAACUCAACAGCGUCUCAAGAAGAGCUAAACCAGGGAUGCCAACUUGGAUAGGGGUGGGGGCCACAAAACAUCUGAAGUCUUCAUGAGGGCCCUCAGUGGCUUGCAGGUCUGAGUACCCACAUCCAUACCAGCACAUGCAGUCAAAGCCGGCCCAAGCCCUUUGAGGGCCCUAAGUGAAAACUUGAAGAAUUAUCAUUCACGAUGGACAGUGGGAAAUGUGAACGGACUCGAGGUUGGGUGACCACCAAAAUGUGCGUAAAGUAGUGGUAAAGAACGUGAUUCGAAUCUUCAGCUCCAAUGUAUCAGUAACACAGCAACAGUCAUAGGCCGUGUUCGAGAGGCUCAAACCCGCAACGCAUCAUGGGUAAAUUGUGACUGACUGAUCUACAAAUAAUAAUGAGUCGUUUUGAUGAAAGGUGCUUUGUAGAUCAGUCAGUCAGCAGUCGCCUGCAGUCGUUUUGAUCCUCUUAAAUACGGCCAAUAUUGUGUCUAAACCCCACCCAUUUCUAAAAUGUAUCUUCUUAAAAUUGUAUUUUUUACCUAAUCCUAACCACACUGCUAACCUUAUGUAUAACACACAUUUUUUAUAACUUUUUGUAGCAAAUGUGGACUUUGUGGCUGUGGAAUCGGUCAGUGCCAUCCUGAAUCCUUGAGAGUACCUACACCAUUGAAGUUGACAUUUUAAAUGGUUAAAGUAAGAGUUAGGUAAGGGUUAUAGUUUAAGUCGUUUGUAAGUCUCUGUACUUUACUAUUUAUACUUUUGACAACUUUUACUUUUAUUCCACAACAUUCCUAAAGAAAAGUAUGUACUUUUUACUCCAUAAAUGUUCACUGACACCCAAAAGUACUCGUUACAUUUCAUAUGCUUAGCAGGACAGGAAAAUGCUCCAAUUCAAGCACUUGUCAAGAGAACAUCCCUGGUCAUCCAUACUGCCUAUGAUCUGGCGGACUCACUAAACACAAGUGCUUCGUUUGUAAAUUAUGUCUGGGUGUUGGAGUGUGCCCCUGCCUAGCCAUAAGUUAAAAUAACAAGGAAAUUGUGCCAUCUGUUUUGCCUAUUAUAAGAAAUGUUGGAUGAUUUAUACUUUUACUUUUCAAACGUAAGUAUAUUUUAGCUAUUACAUUUACUUUUGAUACUUAAUUACAUUUAAAACCAAAUACUUUGAAACUUUUACUCAAGUAGUAUUUUACUGUGUGACUCACUUUUACGUGAUUCGUUUUCUAUUAAGGUACAGUAUCUUUACUUUUACUCAUGUAUGAAAAUCGGGUACCUUUUCCACCACUGUAUCUAGUGGAAACCGGGAGAAAGGGAUCCAGGGCAUAAAUUAAUGGAACUCAUGUUAGAUGUACAACACAGCCAACAGGGGGAGACAAAGUGCAAGUUUACAUGUAAACCUGAAUCCAUCCAUCCUGUAAUCAAAAAUAAUAAUCGGUGGCAUGUAGCUAGGGUUGACGCUUAAAGUUAGCUAGCUACGUGGUCAUGGAUACGGUGCCCAUGGUAUGAGAAACAACACUGAAGCACAGCAAACAGCCAUACGGUGAGUUCGAUUAAUGGUAUCUAAUGGCAACGUUAAGUACUGUUAGAUAAAUAUUUGUUGUUGGGAUAAUAACAGUGAUAAGUAGCGCUAGUUAGCUAACUAUAAAUCCCAGUUAGCUAUAGUAGCUAGCAAAUAGUUAGCUAGCAAGCUAGCAUUGUUGGUUAACAGUAGCAAAUACUGUAGCUUACUUACAUUGCAUUGCACACACCCAGUGGUUAGCGCGCAGACGCAUGACACGCACACAUGCACGGAAUGCAUAUACGCACAACAAUGACAACAACACAUGGAUGGAAGUGUAGCUAGCUAAUUUGUCCAAAGCAGUUCUAACUAUAGUAGCAAACUAGCUAGCCAACUUUGUUUUUUACAUUAUGAAAAGAAUAUACAAAAAACGUUGGCGUUUUUAAAUUAUAUAUAUCCAUUACCAUAAGAGUGCUGUGAUGACCAGAACAAAGUGGACAGCAGAGCUGGACAAGCAUCCAGAUCCAGCUGCUAAGCUCACAGAGAAGAGUGAGUUAGCUCCAGCCCUAACAUCAGCUACCCCUAUACCACAACCACGGUACCCAGCCUCCAUCCCUGACCCCACUCCCUUCCCUCCUGUAGGCCCCGCUGACAGCAGCAAGGGGGGCACAGGGAUAAUGUACCCCAAAAGUCAGGGGAGGGGAGGCACAGCGUCCCCCUACAAUCUGGCUCCGGCUCCCUUCGACCUCAACCAGAACCACGUGGUGUGUCUGCCUCUGGUCUCCGAGCACCUGAAGCUCCUGUGGGCAAGCUCAGACCAGACCCAGGAACUGGACGGCGUGGCUUAUCUCAUAGAGGCCUUCAACGUGUUCCCAUACCCGACCCUGGGGGAGAUGGCGUCGCUCGCCCAGAGCUGCUCUCUGCAUCUGGACCAGGUCAGAGUGUGGUUCAUGGUCCAGCGGCUCCGCUAUGGGAUCAGCUGGGAUGCAGAAGAGAUCUGUAUGGCACGGUGCAAGAUUUGCGGACCAAACCAGGCGAAGGACAAAAAAGAGAAAGAAGAGAAGGUAUUGCCUCCCCUCAGUAAGGAGGGUGAUGGGAGAAACAGGAGUGAACAUUCACCUGUCUCCACCUCCAAUCAGCUUAGCAGCCUGUCCUUCGAGUCCUCCUCACCCGUUCCUCGAAAACGCCGUAAACGCCACCCUGUUGUUGCACCCAAUAACUCCAAUCUGCAACACCCUUCACCUCCAGUCCCUCUGUGCUUAGUGGCGCCCCCCACAACCACAGGGCAAACCCUAGAAGCCCCCGACAACGCCCACGAAACCGUCAAACCCCAGAGGCACUGUCAGGAUUUUCACUCAGAGCUGUGGCGGAGCUUCGGCUGUAACACAAAUCCUCCGAAGGAAGAGCUCCAGCGUCUGCAGGCCCUCACCAGGCUCCACAUGAAGUACAUCCGCAAGUGGUUCUGCAACCGGCGUUUCUUGCUCCACCACCGCGUCAAGGCCGACCCAGAGUCUGAAGAGAACGGCCAGUCACAGCCCAACGACCUCCUGUCGUCACAGACACAGCUUAUUCAGCGUCUGACACAACCACCGCCGCCAACUGACAGCAGGGUCAGACCGUCACCGACGAGGAAAAGGGUCUGUCAAGUAGAUGAUGUCGACUUCCUAAGCAGGAGUCGCAAUGGUAACCAUGUCCAUGGCAACCCCGCUAACACCACCCACCAGAUUAGGUCAAACGUGAAGGGAAAAGAGAAAGAACCAGCGGAAGUACAGAAGAAGAAGACGGGAACAGCAGACAAAGAGGAAACGGCCAGAGCUGGAGUUAAGAGAUGGGAAAAGAACAUCAAGGCGGAACUGAAGGAGGAGCGGAACGCGGUGGGGAUCACCAAAUUCAUCGAUGACGACGGAAAAGAGCAAGUUAUCAAAAUGGGCCCGUGGCCGAAGAACAAGACAAUAGCCCAGCUGGAGCUCCUGAGACACUUCUUCCUCACCUGCCAGUGGCCCAACAAAGGGGACUACACGCAACUGCAGCAGCAGACAUGCCUCUCGCGGAAGGCUCUCACCCAGUGGUUCGGAGACACCCGCUACUACGUCAAGAAGGGCAUGGAACGCUGGAUGAGUGGGGAGGAGCACCGGAAGGUCCUGGCGCAGAUUAGGGAGAAGCAGAGGCAACGGCAGAGGGACUGGUUGAUGACUGAGGAAACAGGUCCAUCGGGGUCCUCCUCCGUGCCGUCUUUGCGUACCGUGACUCACAGUGCUAAUGGGGAGGCUGGUAGCGAGGAGGAUGGAGCUGGGACUUUGAGACCUAUGAAUGGCGUGAAGCUGGAGUAACCGUUGGGACAGACUUGGGGUACUCAAAAGUAUAAAAAGGCUUCUUCUCCUUGUGCUCUCUCGUCUAGGAGCACUGAUCCAGCAUGGCCUAACAGGUGAAAUGUUAUUUGUUGAAACUCGAAAUCGAUCUGAAACGUUCACUUGUCUGCAGUGAUGGAGAAGGAAGCUGAGUAUUGAGUCACACCCCUGCUGUAAUGCCGGAGAGGCCUGGAGGGUGCUGAAAAGGGACUGUUAGGCUACAUAUUAGGAAUUGUUACGAAUGAGGCAGCAUUCUGUUUGUAUGUUGAUUAUGUUUAUGAUCUAGUCUACUUUAGUUGUAGCACUAUUGAAACUGGCACUUCCUGUUCAGUUAUUCAUUCAAAUGUCAAUUCAUGUUUCAGCUCCAUCACGGGUUUAUGCUGGGAAGUUUCUGUGACAUUGCAUUGAUGUUCCUUGUUUGAUAUGUUCAGGGUGUAAAGAAUUGGGGAAACUACCAGACCUGCGACAACCUAUGUCCUUGGGUGCGUCCCAAUAAUCUCUCCUUCCUCCUGAUGUGUGCACUUGCGCGUUCAUUUCUCCCCAUAAAGUUAAAAUCAUUGGAUUGAUGUAGACAUGGGCUAGGGGUGAGUCCAUUAAGGGAAGUGAACAAGUGCACACUUUGGGAGAACAGAGAUUAUUGGGACAUAGCAUAAGGUGUGUCCUUAUCGGUAGUAAGAAAGUCGAUCAUUUAUUUUGACUUCACUAACUCAGCUAUAGCCUGCAGUAUCAAAAUCUCAGAGCUAGCAUGUUGAGUCGUAUCUGGUUCUUUGUGUGGUGAAUAGGUUUCUUCCCUUUUGUGAAUAAAAAUAACUGUUCUCCUU